CCGGAAGAAGGAAGACGCGUCUCGCGCACCUGCCAACGUAUGAACAUAUCCGGUGUAAUACAGAUAUAGAGUCUCGCGCCAGUGACGGACCCUCUCUGGCUGAAUAAGCAGCACAAUGUCAGAAAGAGACGAGGAGUCGUUUAAACCUGUGCAGCUUGAGCAGCAGGCAGGUGAUUCAUCUAAUGUGGAACCAGAGGUGCCUCAGUCCAUGCCCAGUGCCCCGUCCCUGUCUGUCACUCAGAUCACUGAGACAGAGGAGAAGACAUCGCCACCAGCAUCCAGCACCUCCAGUGCAGAACCUGGACAGAAGUGGUCCUCAGCCAUAAACCAGUUCAAGCUCAAGAGAUUCUUUGUCCUACGGCCUGGAACUCUGGACAACGCAAUUGAGGACAUCAAAUCACUGGUAGACCAGAAGCAGGAUGGUGCUGUCGAGAGUGUCUGGCUUCUGGUGGAGAUUGAUCACUGGAACAACGAAAAGGAGCGAGUGGUGUUGAUCACGGAGAAGUCUCUGCUUAUCUGCAAGUACGAUUUUAUCAUGCUAAACUGCGAGCAGAUCCAGAGAAUUCCUCUUAAUCUUGUUGACCGGAUCACCCAGGGUGCCUUCACCUUCCCACCUCGAUCCCUCCUCACGCGAGAGGGCGAGGGAGUGCGUGUGUUUUGGGACAAGCUCCGAGAGCCUUCAUUAGCAUCACGUUGGAACCCUUUUGCUACGGACUUCCCCUACACUACACUGACCUACCACCCAGUUCGAAAUGCUAAUGAGAAGCUAUCCAAAAUUUGUGAGCUUCUGAAUUUUAAGGAGCACUUGAUCACUGCAGCCCAAAAAGCCCACAGUCUGAAUCCAGUCCCGGGGAAAGCCAACGGUGUUCUGCUUCUGAGCCAGCCCGUCCUCAUCGAGGCCUACGUAGGCCUCAUGUCAACCCUUGGCAACCAGAACAAGCUGGGCUACUGCUUAGCAAGAGGCAACGUUGGUUUCUGAAAGCAAGUCAUGGUUUGAUCAGUUAACAGUUUUAUUGAAGUGAAUGUCAUCUUAUUUUUGUUCUGAAGAUAUUGUUUUUUUUUAAGAUGAUUGUUUUCGUCUGCAUGAAGAAUUUGUUCCUUUUUAAAGCUUAACAUUUCUAAAUAUAGUAACAAAUCAAAGAAAUAUGACUGGCAUCUUUAAAUCUUGGUUAAAUUAUCCUCUUUGCUGUAAACUAAGGUAGUGUAGUGUUUUGUGUCUCUGUUAUAAAACUGACAAUAUAUUUUGUCAGAAUGCUUUUUUUUAUUGAUAAUUUUGUAAGGUUUACACAUUGUACUGUUAAUGAAAAUAAAUAAAUAAGUAAAUAAAUAAAUAAAAGAAUGUAACAUUCACUCCUACUUCUGUAAAAACCAGAAAUUUGGCACUAAUAAAUUAUAUAAUAUCCUGAUAAUCAA